AUGUUGAAAAGAAAACCAUCUAAUGUGUCUGAUAAGGAGAAAAGUCAAAAGCCAAAGCGCACAAGCAGCUUUGGAAGCUUUGACCGUUUCAGGCAUCACUCGAUAUCAAAGACAGACGAUUCUGCUGAGAUAUCUGAGCUGGAGACUAUAAGUGAUGUUGGAGAAGGAGUACAAGCUAAAGCAACAAAUAAUGGAGGAAGUUUGGGUAAGAAGAUGAGAGCCAUUUCCCUUACCAUGAAGAAAAAGAUGGGUAAAAAGUACACCAAGGCACUCUCUGAGGAGAUGAAUGAAGAAGGAAAAGAUGACAGCGAUCCUAGUGGUGGAAUACACACUGAGAAGGUCUCCCUAAAAGCCAGUGACUCUAUGGAAAGUCUCUAUAGUCUGAACAGUGGCCAGAGCUCAUCUAGUGGGGUGACCAGCUGCUCAGAUGGAACAAGUAACAGGGACAGCCUCCGGUUUGAUGAUGAAGUCCCUUACAGUGGGCCCUUCUGCGGUCGAGCCAAAGUUCACACCGACUUCACACCAAGUCCUUAUGACACCGACUCUCUGAAAAUCAAGAAAGGAGAUAUUAUAGAUAUCAUCUGUAAAACACCCAUGGGCAUAUGGACAGGCAUGCUGAAUAAUAAAGUAGGAAACUUCAAGUUCAUUUACGUGGAUAUUAUCUUGGAAGAGGAAGCUGCGCCCAGAAAGAUAAAGCCGUACAGAGGAAGCAAAAAGACCAAGCCUAAAACGCUGCAGGAGCUCCUGGAUUGUGUCCACCUGCAGGAAUAUGCCUCAACCCUCUUGCUAAAUGGCUAUGAAACUCUAGAGGACUUAAGGUAUCUACAGGAGAGCCACCUGAUUGAAUUAAAUAUUUCAAACCCAGAAGACAGGGCAAGACUAUUGUCAGCAAUUGAAAAUCUACAGGACUACGACAUUGACCAGCAGACAAGUGAGGGUCGUCAGGAGACGCGGAGCUUAAGCCCUCACCACGGCUUUGACAAAUCACAAUUAAAUGACUGCCCAAGAGAUUCUGGCUGUUACAUCUCAUCAGAAAAUUCAGAUAAUGGUAAAGAAGAAGUAGACCCAGAAACCCUGUCCAACAUGGUGCAGUCAAUAACAAUCACUGAGUCAAACUGAUUCAGUCCUGCUGCUUUUCUGCAGAUUUUCAGAAAAAACA